AUGAAUUGUAGGCGCGAAUUAUAUCUGUUGCGUUGCGAUGAACUACUGGUGGUCAGUAAGUUCACGAGGUUGUGUCUGGGCCUGUAUAUAACGAGGAUUGAUGAGUGCCAGCUAAAUGUUGAAGUGAACAAUCACGAUUCACCCUCCAGUACAUAUUCACUGUGUUGUUCAGAAUCAGGAUUUUCAAGUGAUGCUGACCACUUUCUAACUUGUCAAGCAACAGAUCAAUUCGAUUUAUCUAAUCCUAAUUUUGUGAUUUCAAAUUUAUUUAAUACGAAGUUCCAAAAUGCAAAAUCCUUUUCUUCCGUAAACCAUUAUAUUCGUUCUCAAUCCUCAAGCUGUCUAUGGACUUCCAGUACAGGUUCAAACGAUUCGGAAGCAAUCAGUGAUCCACCUUCUGGCUUAUUCCAUGGAAUCUAUAAUCGCACACCAACUAAAUUGGUCAGUUCUUCAGUGGAGUGUAACGGGAAGAGUGGCCAAAAUGAUAAAGGCAAGACUAAUGAAUAUAAAUACCCUGCAAAACAAUCCAAAUGUACAUCUGAUAUUUGUUUUAGACGUACAAGUUCCUUAGAAGAUUCUGGCUGCAAUAACUCGAACAUACGUUCAGCAAAUCAUCAUAAUUUAGGUUCUCCCUAUUCACGUUUCCGUUCCAGUGAUUCCGGAUUAAAACCCGGAUGUGUACAUUUAUCUGAUCCAUAUAUUAUUAGUUAUGUUAAUGGUGACUAA